AUGGGAGAGAGAGAUGAAAACCAAAUUGACCACAUUGCCAUCAAUGGAAAGUGGAAAAGAUCUUUACAGGAUGUAAGAGUGAAGCGUGGUGCUGAUGUUGGAAGUGAUCACCACCUUGUUACUGCCCAUAUAAAGCUCAAGCUGAUAAAAGUAGCGCCAAAAAGCAACAUCAGGCGAAUAAAUACAGGAAAGCUGAGAGAAAACAAAGUGAGACAAGACUUUAGAUUAGAGCUCAAGAACAGAUUUCAGGUCUUGCAAUGUGGUGAUGUUGAGAAUGAGGAAGUGGUUGACGAGCACUGGGGUAAAAUCUGCAACUUGUUCAGUGAAACAAGCAAGAAGACUCUAGGGUUCAAGAGGCAGGUGCAUAAGGAAUGGAUUACACCAGAUACUUGGAAAAAAAUUGAUAAAAGGAAAGACCUUAAAACUAAGCUAUGUAACACCCACUCGGAAGGAAUAAAAGAGAGACUAAGAGAACAAUAUUCCAAUUGUAAUAGAGGUGUAAAGAAAGCAACAAAGAAAGAUCGUAAAAGCUUUAUAGAAGGUAUGGCAAGAGAAGCUGAGAAAGCUGCUUCUGAACAAAGAAUGGGAGAUCUCUAUCAAAUAACAAAAAAGUUAAGUGGAAGGAAAAGAAAAACAAACAUACCUGUGAAAGACAAGCAAGGCAACCUUAUUAAAUCUGAAAGAGAACAAGAUGAAAGAUGGAGAAAACAUUUUGAAGAAGUGUUGAAAUGCCCAGAGCCUAACGAGCUGGCACACAUACAGGAAGCUGACAUUGAUUUAGAAAUUGAAACUGAGGAACCAUCUAAAGCUGAAAUACACAAAGCAAUAACAACAACCCUGAAGAACAACAAAGCACCUGGAAAUGACCAACUGCCAGCAGAGUUUUUUAAAGCAGUUCCAAACCUAGCAGCUGACAUUUUACACCUAUUAUUCACCAAGAUCUGGAAUAAUAACACAAUAUCUACGACAUGCUCAUCAGAUGCAUGCUUCAUAGUAAAAUGUGGCGUGAGGCAGGGUUGUGUGAUGCCAGCUCUCCUUUUUAUAUUAGCAAUAGACUGGAGUAAUGCAGAAAAAAUUGGACUGAAGAUCAAUACCAAGAAAACUGAAGUCAUGUCAUUAAACACCAAACAACCAGCAAAAAUACAGGUAGAUGGAAAUAACCUGAGCAACACAACAACAUUUAACUAUCUUGGCAGCAUAGUAACAUCAGAUGGGGAUACGGACAAAGAUAUAAAGGCCAGACUAAGUAAAGCUAGGGGUGCCUUCAUCAGCCCCAAGAACAUCUGGAAAACAAAUGACAUAAGUAGAAGGACAAAAAUAAGAAUCUAUAACAGCUGCGUCCUGUCUGUCCUACUCCAUGGGGCAGAAUGCUGGAGAAUGACAGAAGGAGACAUGCAGACUUUCUAG